GUGACGCCGCGGCAACAGCUCAAGCUCGCGUGCGACGUCGCCGACGCGAUGGCUUACCUUCACGGGAUGGACCCGCCGGUUGUGCACAGGGACCUCAAGUCCCUGAAUGUGCUGCUGCACGAGCCGCUGCUCUGGCCGUCUGAUGUGCCGCUCGCGAAGGUCACGGACUUCGGCCUGGCGAAGGUGCAUUACGCCAGCGUGCCAAUAGGGCGGGGGAUGACCAAGGGCGUCGGCACAGUGCAGUGGAUGGCGCCCGAGAUGAUGAACGGGAGCGAGAGCUACACCGACAAGGUCGACGUGUACGCGUACGGCAUCUUGCUG